AUGUAUACGCAGCUCUUCGACUGGCUCGUGCACCGUAUCAACAAGGCUAUUUGCUCCACGAAAAACGUCAAGACGCACAUUGGUCUGCUGGAUAUCUUUAGUUUCGAAAGCUUAGACCAGAACGGGUUCGAGCAGUUGUGCAUCAACUAUGCCAACGAGAAGCUGCAGCAGAAGUUCAACAGUGACGUGUUUAAGGAUGUGCAGCAAGAGUAUGUGGAUGAAGGCAUUCCGUUGACGCUGGUGACAUUUGAGGACAAUCAGCCGAUCCUGGACCUGAUUGAGGGUCGAAUGGGUAUCGUCAGCAUGCUGAAUGAGGAAAUGCUCCGCCCUCAGGCUACCGACAGUACUCUUGUGAGUAAGGUUCUAGAUGCUUGCAGCGACCACCCGAGCAUUGAGUAG